AUGGACAACCAGCAGAGGAAUCUAAACGCCCUACAACAUUCCCUGAGGACACUCACACUGAAACCUAAAAGGGACAAUGAAGAAAACAAAUCAGAGAGAACCCUGGUGGGAAGAAUGCUCACCACAAGAAGAUUCACAAGAUUCAAACUCAUAGAAACUACCAACAAAAGCUGGCACCUGGCCACCAAGAUCAAGGUGGUUAAGGUGGAUGAAAAUUUAUUCACUUUCCUCCUCGGUUCAAAAGAGAAAAAUGAUUGCAUUUUCAGGAACCGGCCUUGGUCUUUCAAUGGGGCACACCUGAUCUUGAAAGAGUGGCCAGCAAACAGAUCCCUGAAAGAAAUUUCCUUUGACGCUACUACCUUCUCAAUCCAGAUACACGGGCUACCCCCACUCUACCUCCAUGAAGAAAUAGCUUUCCAAAUAGGAAGCAUGUUAGGCAACAUUCAGCAAGACUCAAUCUCAAAAAUUUGUGUUGUCGGACAACGUUUCCUAAAGUUCAGGAUUGAUCUAAGUUCUCUCAAUCCGUUACCACCAGGCUUCUUCCAAGACAGGGAAGAUGGGAAAGAAAGAUGGAUCCAAUUUAAAUACGAGAAGUUAUCAGAUUUCUAUUACAAAUGUGGGAAAAUUGAUCAUGUGAUUGGUAUCUACAAGUUUGAGCAGCCUGCAACCAUCACCUCCACAAACGGCGUAACAGCCAAACUCUAUGGUCCUUGGCUCUGGGCGAAGCAUGACGGCAGUCUCUGGUUCAUCAACCCGUUGGAAAAUGAUGAUCUUUAG